AUGCCGUACAACGCAUUAUUCACCGAGAGGAAAAGAAAGAUUCUGUCCCAGCUGGAUGUCCCGGAUCAGGAAUACACGGAUCUCUCGCCCAAAGGAUCGGUGGAUGCAGGCAUACGAGAAUUUGUCAACGAGAUCAAUCUGCUUGAAGGAUACGUGACGACAAGCAGUUGUGCUGGACGAGUAGCAGUCUUCUUGGACGGUGCAAACAAAAAGUCAGAAAAUGCUGCUGCUGCCGAUGAUGAUGAUCUGCCUUCAUCCGCUGCACCUUCAGGAGGUAAAGGCGGUGGACAAUGGCUGUACGUUUCGCAUGAUCCCGUCGACGUGAGCAGCCUUCAAAAGGACGGAGAGCUCCUGGCUCUAUUUGGUACGAAAGCGGACGAGGACGUGUCUGUUCCUCCUAGAGACGCUCGACCACGGUUUGUGCAUUUCAGAUUUGAGCCAAUGAUUCUCCACAUCCUAACCUCGUCCCUCCAAAACGGCCAACAUGCCCACACAGCAGCCAUGUCCGCAGGUUUCCGAGAAUCCGGAAUUCACAGCAUCGCCGGAAAUGAUCCAAACCCUAUUGUAGCAGUCCGUACAAUGGGUCUCGCAUUCUCAAGCAUCAUCGCCUACGCCACGACAAACGGCGAGAUCAGACCUAUGGUAUCCGAGACCUACCUUCGUGCUCUUGUGCAAAUCGCCAAUGAGCGCUUCGUAGUGAAUGCAGACCGGACUGAGCGAUUUCGACGAGCUUUACUUGGUCUUGAUGUCAAAGUCAAAGAGGGUGCAAAUGGGGAAUGGGAGCCUGCUGACGUGCGAAGGGAGAGGAAGCGAGCGGAGGGACUGAGGAGGAAACAGGAAGUUGAAUCGCAGAGGAAGGCGCAAGACGGCAUUGAAGCAAAAUCUGAUCAUGAUGGGUAUGAUAUGCCAGAAUUGCCUAAUUGA